CUUUGGCACCUAGAUUGGCGAGCGCCCCGGCAGUUGGCUCUGGCACGUAGACCCAACUGGAGCAAUUCCGGUCAAAAGCGACACCCAAUAGCGGUAAUAGAUUAUGGGAUCAUUUAAAUGGCUUAUUUCGCUGAUGCUGCUCACCUGCCAGGUGCUAAGGCAGGCGCGCAGUAUCGAGGAGUCGAGCCACUGCACUUCGGUGGCGGGAAUGGUGAAAUUGCUCGAACUGGAGGACCAACUCAUAGAGAACCUUUCGGAUUACGCCAACGAGCUGGAAAAAAGACUGGAGACGGUACGCAGGAGUAUUGACAGCCUUCGUUUGGAGAAUCAAAAGGCCCGAAGUUCCACAGUGGAUUACCUUUCGAAUCCUCUAAAUUCAUUUUCACUGAUCCGUCGUAUGAAUCGUGACUGGGUGAUAUGGCAGCUUUUCAUGGAGGAUCCAGUGGGUGUGACUCAGGCAGACAAGAUCCAGACCCUGAGGGAGGAAAUGCCAACAAGUACCGACGUAGAAGAGGCAGUUACCGCUUUGGAUCGAAUUCAGAUCACAUAUGGCUUGAAGGUAGAGGACAUUGCCAGUGGUUAUCUCAAUGGAAAGCAAUACCCUAUCAGUGUAACUGCUCUGGAUUCGUAUGCAAUGGGACAGAUCCUCUUCGACCAGGGAAAUUUUAUUAGAGCGUCCAGAUGGAUAUACCAAACACUUACUUGGAUGGAAAGUUUUAAACUGCCAGAGCCUUUCUUGCUAGCUAAGGAUGAAGUCCGGACCUUUUAUGCAGAAACUCUGCUUAAGCUAAACGAAAAGGCGGAUGCUUUGAAAGUUGUCAACAUUGCACUGACUGAUAAGCCGCAUGAUAUUAAACUGCUGGUAAAGAAAAUGGAAAUAGAAGCUCUGAUAAGGACGGGAACCAGCAACCAGCAGCCCCAACCGAAGAACCCGCUCUCCAAUCCAAACAGAAGCCCAACUCUCUAUGAAAUGGGUUGCCGAGGAAUGUAUCCGGCGUCCACUGAUUCCAAGCUUGUCUGUCGCUACAAUAGCACCACCACUCCGUUCCUCACCCUAGCUCCUCUGAAAAUGGAAAUCGUGGGUCUGAAUCCCUAUAUGGUCAUUUACCACGACGUCCUUUCCUCUGCGGAGAUCGACGAAAUGAAAGAAAUGGCCACUCCAAGUCUAAAAAGGGCCACCGUUUACAAAGCGUCCCUUGGAAAAAAUGAGGUGGUGAAGACCAGAACCUCCAAGGUGGCAUGGUUCCCCGACUCUUACAAUUCACUAACUCUCCGAUUAAAUGCUCGCAUACACGAUAUGACAGGGUUCGAUCUAUCUGGCUCUGAAAUGCUGCAACUGAUGAACUAUGGGCUGGGAGGGCACUACGACAAACAUUACGACUUUUUUAAUGCAACUGAAAAGUCUAGCUCAUUGACUGGAGAUCGCAUAGCCACAGUACUUUUUUAUAUGUCUGAUGUUGAACAGGGCGGUGCCACAGUUUUUCCCAACAUUUAUAAGACCGUUUAUCCUCAACGAGGUACUGCUGUAAUGUGGUAUAACCUCAAGGAUGAUGGACAACCCGAUGAACAGACGCUUCACGCCGCCUGCCCUGUUUUAGUAGGCUCAAAGUGGGUGUGCAACAAAUGGAUUCGAGAACGCGCCCAAUUCCGAAGCCGGCCUUGCUUAAAAAAGUGAUAUGAUUCUCAAGCUUUCUAAAAUUAGUUUAGUGAUAUUAUACACCCAAAAUGAAACUCAAUAAAAACUACCUCAACUCAAACUUAAUGUCAAUUAAGGCGACACGGCA